AAGGCGGGCCGGCUCUAACGGUCUAUUUCAAGGUGACGUCACCUACUAUAAAUAGCCGCCGCCGCCGCCCCGCCCCGGAGCCGCGCAGGCGCUCUGCGAGUGCUGCAUUUUACUGCCGCAGAGGUGGAGGUGGGAGUCGAGAGCGGCGCUGGAACGCUGCGGAGCCCAGAGAGGGGCGCGGUGAUGGUGGCUGCACAGGCAGCGGGAUGUCGCAGCCCCAUCCGGAAAAGCGCCGCUGAAGCCGCAUUAGCUGUCUGACUUGAGAAGAAUCCAGAAGGGAAAGCCACUGCGUGGAGAAGCUGGAGGCCAUGGGCCCAGGGCGGGCCGGGCCGGCCGGCCCCUGCGUCCCGCCUGACCGGAGCCCAGCCUGGCCAGCGGCUUCGCGGGCCACACCCUGCAGUCUGGUCUGCACUGGCCUGGCAGGAUCAGGUCCACACUUCCCCGGGCUGCAGGCAGUGCCUUCCACAAGAGGACAGUCACAGCACACUUCCUAGGAGCCCGCCCAGUGCUGGGCCUGUACCGGCAUUCUAGUUGAUCACCACAACCCAGCUCGAGAGUGAGCCAGCUGGUGUUCCCACCUUCCAAAUGUGGAACCUGAAGCAGAGUGAGACUAGUGACUUGCUGAGGGUUACACAGCCUGUUAAGUGGCGGGGUCAGGAUCUGGGUUCAAAUUCAGCCUGGACUCCUUGCAGGGGAAGAGGGCGGCGGAUUGGCAGGCUAGUCAGUAAGCCCCUCCCAGCCCUGGCAAUUGAGGGCUGAAGGUCCCUCACGCCCUGCCUGGGCGCUAGCCAAGCUAAGAAAAUCACUAGGACUAAACACCGCCCCAACUUACAAGAUGCCGACUCUAGCCAGGAGAGGGGGCGGUGGACUCUCUUGAGAAUUUUAUUGAGCACCUACUGCAUGUUCAGCAGUGAGAAUAGGAAGCUACUGAGUUAAGAUUCAGCCCUUGCCCCUGAGAAGCUGAGGUCUAAAUACUCAAGAACAGGUAAGCUGGACUUGAAGAAAAUGAGUCAGGAAAAAUGUAUUAUUAGGGAGUGGGAUGUAGCCUGGACAAAGGCUUCGCAGUGAAGAUAGGAACAGAAUUUGAGAGAGGGUGAGAAGUGAGACCUGGCAGUGGGAGAUGAGGUUAGGUGGGGCGAGAUUACUGAGUAUUUUAAAUGCCAGACUGAGUAUUUGAGGUUUUAUUCUUAGGUGCAGUGGUUAAGAGCCGGGCUGCUAACCAAAAGGUUUGAACCCACCAGCCCCUCUAUGAGAGAAAGAUGUGGCAGUCUGUUCCUGUAAAGAUGACAGUCUUGGAAACCCCAUGGGGCAGCUCAGCUCUAUCCUAUAGGAUGAGUAUGAGUUGGAAUCAACUCCACAGCAAUAUGUUUUGGUUUUGAGGUGGUGAAAGAUCCCUGGGUGGUGCAAAUGGUUGGUGCUCCACUACUGACCUAAAGACUGAAAGUUCAAAUCCACCCAGUGGUGCCACAGAGGAAACCCCGUUGAUGUAGUGGUUAAGAGUUUGCCUGCUCAUCUGGGGUCUUAAACUCUAGCAAGCAGCCAUCUAAGAUGCAUCAACUGGUCUCAACCCACCUGGAUCGAAGGAGAAUGAAGAACACCAAGGACACAAGGUAAUUACGAGCCCAAGAGACAGAAAGGACCACAUGAACCAGAGGCUACAUCAUCCUGAGACCAGAAGAACUAGAUGGUGCCCAGCUGCAACAGAUGACUGCCCUGACAGGGAACACAACAGAGAACCCCUGAGGGAGCAGGAGAGGAAUGGGAUGCAGACCCCAAAUUCUCAUUAAAAGACCGUACUUAAUGGUCUGAUACUGGAAGGACCCCGGUGGUCAUGGCCCCCAGGCCUUCUGUUGGCCCAGGAGAGGAACCAUUUCCGAAACCAACUCUUCAGACAUGUAUGGGACUGGACAAUGGGUUGGAGAGGGAUGCUGGCGAGGAGUGAGCUUCUUGGAUCAGGUGGACACUUGAGACUAUGUUGGCAUGUCCUGCCUGGAGGGUAGAGGGGGUUAGAAGCUGGCGAAAUGGACACGAAAAGAGUGGAGGGAGAGAGCAGGCUGUCUCAUUAGGGAGAGAGUAAUUGGGAGUAUGUAGCAAGGUGUAUAUAAGUUUUUGUGUGAGAGACUAACUUGAUUUGUAAACUUUCACUUAAAGCACAAUAAAAAAAAAAAAAAGUUGGCCUGCUAACCAAAACGUCUGCAGUUUGAAUCCAUCAGGCGCUUCUUGGAAACCGUAUGGGGCAGUUCUGCUCUGUCCUGUGGGGUCGCUAUGAGUCGGAAUCCACUCAGUGGCAAUGGGUUUGUUUUGUUUUGGUGCCACGGAAGAAAGGCCUGGUGAUCUGCUUUCAUAAGGAUUACAGCCAAGAAAACCUUAUGGAGCAGUUCUACUCUGUAACACGAGGGGUUUCCAUGAGUCGGAAUCAACUCUAAAGCAGUAGGUUUGGUUUGGUUUUUUUUUUUUUUGGAGGUGGUGAAAGUCAUAGUUCAGGACAUGAGUCUGGCUCUGGAGAGUAAGAUACAUAUUAGAGGGGUGAAAAGGCAGCGCCUGGAGAUUGGGUGUCUUCUGGACCUCAGCUUUGCCAUCUGGAAAACUGGACUUGGACUAUUGAAAGGACUGGAAUAGAAAUCUGCACCCUGGAAUGUCAGAGCAAGCAGGGCCCUUAAGGAAAAAAAACCUAUCUAUCCUUUUUUCUUGCAUAAAGGGAAACUGAGGACUUAGGGAGAGGAGCGGCCAUCCCCAUUUGCACAUACCUGGUUUCCUGCCUCCCGGACCUUCUUCUCCCCUUUGGAAUACUAAAAUGAGGACAUCGGCACCCAUGGAACAGGAUUUCGCUGUGGGUCCAGGACGCCCCAUCUAGGCUUAACUGCGCUUCGUAGAAUCACCUUUGCUGACUAGAAAUGGAAUCAAGGUUAACAAACCAGGCUGAUCCUCCCCCUAGUGAAUAUCUUUAAAGAGCAUGCUAAACAAAAUGCUAGAUAAUAAUUAAUCCUCUCCUCCACCCCCACAAGGAUGGGGUUCCAGUGGGAGGUGGAGAAGGGUCCAGGGCUGGUUGGGGGGACCCCCACAACUACUUCUAGUCCUAGAGGCUUUGCUUUUCUGAUCAUGUUGGGCUGAGAUUGAAUCCAAAACAGUGAAAUACAGAGCUGGAGCAUUCUAAAUUGAUUUUGGCUAGGUUCAUAAAUGAUGAGUUCUUCCAGGAAGCCUUUCUUUGCUUCUCACCAAACUUCCCUUUCUCCACUUCCUCACCUGCCACCCGCUGCUCAGCCCACUGUGCUCUGGCUCUGUCCCCACUCCUCCAGCUAGAUGGCCCUCUUCGAGGCCAUGUGUGGCCUUCUUGUUGCCAAAUACAAGGACACUGGGUACUCUUCACCUCCUGGUCCUCUUGGACACAGCUCUCACCCAGGGGUGGAUUAACCAGGGCACUGUAUGCACCGUAUACAGUAAGCAAGGUAGCACGGCUUGAUUGUGUUUACCUACUAAUCUGAAGUGAACAAUUUCACCUGUCUUGCCAGUUACCAGGUGAAAUUGUGCACUGUAUAUUAGUAAAUCAGCAUGGCUAAGCUUGUGCCUAUCUUGCUUAUUGGGUAAUCUGCCCCUGCCACCCCUCCUUAAAACUCUCCACUUGACUUCAUGACCCUACACUCUGGUUUCCCCUCCAUUCCUCUGGCCACGCCUUUCGUCUUGUGUGUGGACUCGUCUUCUAGGCCUACCCUGAAAUGCAGGGUUCCUCAGGGCUCUGUCCCAGGCCAUCUUCUCACUCUGCCCCCUCCUGUAUGACCUUGUCCACCCUCACUGUUGGGAGGAAGGAGACAUCUACCAUGUUGCAAGCACCACGGAUGGUCAUAGUUUUUCCUCAGGCUCCCCCUGUAAAAAAAAAAAAAAAAUUUUGUAAGGUAGGUACAAUUUCCAUUUCUGUUUUACAGGUGAGGGAAUGGGCACAGAGAUGUUCCAUGACUUGAACGAAGUCAUACAACUGGUCAUCAGCAGACCUACAAUUCAAACUCGGGCCCCCAGAUUCAGACUCUCAAGCCUGAUGGCCCCAUGCUGCCCUGGUCUUCGCUGAGACAAGCUCAGACGUGACUCCUUUUUCAAAGUCAUUCACAUUGUGAAACGCACACACAACUUCCAACCUUUUAGCCUGUACACUUACCAGCAUCCAUCUCCUUUUGCGCCGGAGAGAGAGCUACCAACUACCGCGCACCAAAAAAAAAAAAAAAACCCAAUCCUAUUGCCAUCAAGUUGAUUCGAACUCACGGCGACCCCAUGUGUUACAGAGUAGAACUGCUCCAUCAGGUUUUCUUGGCUGUAAUCUUUCCAGAAGCAGAUCGCCAGGCCUUUCUUUUGUGGCACCACUGGGUGUAUUUGAACUGCCCAACAUUCAGGUUAGUAGUCUAGUGCAAACUGUUUUUGCCGCCCAGGGACCUGGCAACUCCUCAAAACCUCACAAACAAAGAUUACAACAACCACCUUGGACAGGGCACGCGUUCCCAGGACUCUCGCCUUCCAAGCAGGAUACCAGAUUUCAUUCCCAGCCAGUGCACCUCGUGCAUAGCCAUCACCUGUCUGUCAGUGAGGCUUACAUAUUGCUAUGAUGCUGAACAGGUUUCAGUGGACCUUCCAGAUUAACAUAGACUAGGAAGAAAGGCUGGUCAUCUACUUCUGAAAAUCACCCACUGAAAACCCUAUGGAUCACAACAGUCUGAUCUGCGGUCUAUAUGGGGGUGGCGCAGGACGUAGCAUUUUGUUCCAUUGUGCACAGGGUUGCUAUGAGUCAGAGGCCGACCCAACAGAAGCUACCGGCAAGUUUUGAUCAACAAUUAUCUCCUUGGAACAACUCCAAAGAGAGCUCCUGAGCGAAGUGAAGGAGGCCAAUGGUUAACGUUAAACAUAAUGUGUUCCUUCCUUAGGGGGCCAGAGCAGGUCCCAUAGCAGGGUCCAGGUUUGCAUCUUCACCUGGCAUAGUGUAUCACUCAAGGAACAGACCCCACCCCCCUGGCUUCCUGAGAACUGUGUGUGGUGUGAUGGGGGAAAAGAAUCUGGUUCUAGAGCUGCUCUGCCACUUACCAGAGUAACCUUAGGCAAGGCACUUGUCCUCUCUGAUUAUGUUUUCUCCCCAGAAAAUGGGUCUAGCCACACUUGCUUCCUAGGGUGCUUGUAAGAAUCAGCAAGAGCGUGUCUGUACUAUGUCUGCCUGAGCAGCACAUGGUAAUUCCUGGCUGUGUACCACUCUGUAAGCCAGUGAUGAUGCUCCUUGCACUCGACUAGAUUUCUAAAGCAUUGCCAGAACCCUCAGCUGGAGCCCAGAGAAUAGGUGACCCAGAAAAGGCACGUCUGUUUUUCUUUUUCUUCAAUACUCUGGGCUGCUCUGAACUCCUUGAGGAGCCUGGACAACAAGGAGCAUAUUACAGAGAGGACCCUUUUGUUCCAAGGAGAUGGUAUUUACACUGUUGGCAUGGUUACCAUCUUGAGCAGGAGGGGUCACCUGCCCACAGAUCUGUGUCACCCAGAUAGGAUUUUAACUUUUCGUGUUUUUUUCCAAACACAGGCCGCCUGCUGCCAGCGUGACCUUGCUGAUCCGAAGCCAAUAUGAUAAUGCUAACUGCAGCUCUUAUUUAUUAAUCACUUACAUAUAUUAUCUCACUAAAUCCUCCAACCCUGGGGGGUGGUUGGUUAUCCCCAUUUUAUGGAUGGGGAAGCUAAGCCAAGAGAGGCCAGAUUCUUGCUCUAUGAUCGAGGCAGUCACACGGCCUCCUCCAGCUCACACCAUUUUCUGCUCCUUCGCCUUGGCCCUGGGUCCUUUUGCUGAUAUCAAAUUCCACCCCUGUGUCUAAGAUCAGCCUGAGCACACAGAUUUCUGGAUUGACCCAGAGCCUUCCACCACUCUUCCAAAGCACACUUGGGGAGCAGAUUGGCUCUUAAGGCAGCUUUUGGCAUUAAGAAGUGUGAAAAUGUCCUGGGAGCUGCAAUCUGUGAGCUGGUGGAGCUCAGAGCCCCAUUCUCACCACCCGCCCCCCUAAAGCAUGUUCAGAGGAGCCUGGCUCUGGGGGAAAGACAAAGCUGUCACUUAUGAAAUCACAGUUAAAAUGAGAGAGGAAAAGGCUUUUGCUUCAGUUCUGUAGCUGGCUGGGUAACUUGUGCUUCUUGGCCAGAAAUUUCUAGAUCCUUUGGCUUAAACCAUCUGGAUAAUUGCCUCAAGCUUCUGCUUGGUUCCCUCUGGGUGGGCCUAGGCAAGGAGGGGCUGCUGCAGUCUGGAAAAACUGGGGGUCAGGAUUAGAGAGUCCCUUGAUCCCCCCUACCUGCAUGUACUCGCCUCUGCUUGUAACCAUAGCUGAGGGCCCUUGGACACAUUACUUCUGCGCUCUGAGCCUUGGAUUUCUUAUCUGUAAAAUGGGAAGCUGCAGAAAACAGUUUGGCAGUUCCUCAAUAAGUUAAACAUAGAGUAACCAUAUGACCAAGCAAUUUAAACAAAUAGUAGCAUUACUCACAAUAGCCAAAAAGUGGAAACAACCCAGAUGUCUACCAGGUGAUAAACGGAUAAACAAAAUGUGGUAUAUCCAUACAAUCAAAUCUCACUCAGCCAUCAAAAGGAAUCAGUCAAGUAUUGAUACAGGCUACGAUGCGAGUGUACCUUGAAAACAUUAUGCUCGGUGAAAGAAGUCAGACACAAGAGGUCUGGAUGAUUCCAUUUAUAUGAGACAUUCAGAAUAGGCAGAUCCAUAGACACAGAAAGCAGAUUGGUGGCUGCCAGGGGCGGAGAGAGAACUAGGGAGCGACUGCUAAUGGGGGCAGCAGUGGAAAGAAUGGUGAUUAAAAUAUCCUGGAGCUAGAUGAUGGUUGCAGGGCACUGUGAAUAUACUAAAUGCCACAUCAGAUUGUGCACUUUGAAAUUGUUAAAAUGGUGAAUUUUGUUAUGCAAAUUUUGCCAAAAUAAAAUGGCAGCCCAUACUGGCAUGUGGCAGCUCUGAUAGUCUAGGGCGUUUCACCAUUGAAAGUUCAGCAAGUAAUGGUGUCUUAGUUUUCUAGGCUGUAGUAACAAGCACCACAAAGUGGGUGGCUUUAAAGAACAGACAUUCAUUGUCUUAGAGUUCUAGAGGCUAGAAGUCCAAAUCAGGGUAUCUGCCAUGUCAGUUCCUUCCCAGGGUUUUGAGAGAAGAAACACCUCCGUGCUUUUCAUCUAGCUUCUGAUUUCUGCCGGCAAUCCUUGAUGUUCCAUUGCUACCUGGAGAUGUGUCUCCACGUGGCCUCUUCCCCCUGUCUGUGACUAUGUCUCUGUGUCUAUUCUGCCCUUUUACAAGGCACUCUCAGAAGGCAUUAGGACCUCCCCUGCAGUUAUGACCUUGUUAGCUUCACUGAUAAUAUUUUUGAAAAAGGACUCUGUUUCCAAACAAGGUAACAUCCACAGGAACAGGGGUCAAGACUUCAACAUAUAUUUUGAGGGGACACAGUUCAAUCCGUAACAGGUGGCAAUGACAAUGCAAGAGGAUAGAACAGGGGUGUUUCAAAGGACAAGUGUUUGGAUGCUGUCAAUACAUGGAAUUGAAGAAAGGCAGUUCUCCUAUUUCAUGCCCAAACAUGGGCAGCAGUUUUACCAGUGUACUCUCACUUGGUUUAGAGGGCAAGGAGGAGGAGCCAGGACCAAGGAGGAGGAGCCAGGACCAAGGAGCAGGAGCCAGGACCAAGGAGGAGGAGCCAGGACCAAGGAGGAGGAGCCAGGACCUGGAAGCAGGCCUUCGGGCUCCACCUCCACCAUUCUCUCUGCUGCUGCCCCUGAUCUUUUGACAGACCUCCCUCCAAAUCCUGGUCCCCACUUGCUAACUGUUGGACCUCAUGCCUGUCACUUUGCCCCUCUGAGAUCAGCUCUUCAUCUUUUUUUUUUUCCUCCAAAGACCAAGGACUUUAUUACCAACAGCAAAAGCAGUAGCCAUGGUAGACCUUUUCCCCAGAACCUAGCACUGUGCUUGGCAUACAGCAGGCACUCAAUGAGUACUUGCUGAAUGACUAAAUGCAUUGUGUCAGCACUGGGAUACCGCGGGGGCCCAAGGGAGCCUGGGAGAUCGGAGAGAAGCUUCUGGACUCUGGCCACACGUUACGUUAGCAGCAUCUUCUCCGAGUCCCAGCAGCCAGCCCUCUGGGAUGCCAUUCGAGCCAAAUGA